ACAACCCAUGAAACGCAUACAUAACAAACAAACAAACAAAACAAGAACACUAAACAUAUCUGAAAAGCAGUGACACCAUGUUCACAAAGCUACAAUGGCCUUUACUUACAUGCCAUACACGCUUCCUACUCUUCCUCUGCUGUACUUUGAUGGUGGUUCUCUCAUCAUCGGCAAUGACUGUUGAGGAAAUAGCAAGAAAACUGGAGCAAAAGGACAACUACCUUCUCUCAACAGAGAACAAAUUCAAAGCCUUCAUGGAGAACUACAGCAAGAACUACACCACCAGAGAGGAGUAUCUCCGUCGCCUUGGAAUCUUUGCCGACAACAUCGUCACGGCCUUAAGACACCAAGUGCUUGAUCCCUCAGCCGCUCAUGGUGUCACACAGUUCUCAGAUCUCACACAAAUGGAAUUCUUGAGGCUGUACACUCACGGUUUGGUGUCUCAGAACGAAAAUAAAUUUACUGCCGAUAGGAUGGCGCCACCCUUGAAGGUGGAAGGGUUACCGGAAACUUUUGAUUGGAGGGAGAAAGGAGCGGUUACUGAAGUUAAGACUCAGGGUAUGUGUGGAGCUUGUUGGGCUUUCAGCACUACAGGAACUCUUGAAGGAGCUCAUUUUAUUGCAACGGGCAAGCUUCUUAAUCUUAGUGAACAACAGCUCAUAGACUGUGACAAUAAAUGUGACAUAACAGAUAAGACAGCAUGCGACAAUGGUUGUCAGGGUGGUCUUAUGACAAAUGCCUAUAACUAUUUGAUGGAAGCUGGCGGUGUGGAAGAGGAAGCAACAUAUCCCUACACUCAAAACAGAGGUGAAUGUAAAUUUGACAAAAACAAAAUAGUAGUUAGAGUAUCAAAUUUCACCAAUAUCCCUGCGGAUGACGAUCAAAUUGCUGCAUAUUUAGUCAAACAAGGCCCUCUUGCUAUUGGAGUGAAUGCAGUUUACAUGCAAACCUACAUAGGAGGUGUGUCAUGCCCUUUUAUAUGUGGAAAGAAGCCCAACCAUGGUGGGUUACUAGUUGGCUAUGGUACAAAAGGCUUCUCCAUCCUUACUUGGGAACAAACCAUACUGGAUAAUCAAGAAUAUGGGGGAAGCGUUGGGGAGAACAUGGGUAUUUCAAGAUUUGCAGAGGAUAUAACAUGUGUGGAGUGAACACGUUGGUUUCUACUGCAAUGGUGUCCCAUUAGAUACAACACACGCUAAUGAUGUACUUUGCUAUAAUGUGUGUUAUAUAUAAGUUUGAAUGCUUAAUAUA